AUGGAUCCUUUGAUAGAUCUUGAACGAGGUGUAACCUAUUCCAGUGGAUUUUAUGAUGAAACUGAUGAAGAACAAAAUGAACUUAUACGAAACGAAGCUAAAAUAGUUAUAUCUAUAUUACCAGAGGACAUCAUAGUCCGCAGAAAUUACAUAUUCCUUAAAGAGGAGCUGUCAGUUGGAUAUAUCUGGCCUUUUCUGUAUCAGGAAGCAAUCCUAUCUGAACUUGAAAUAAAUGUUGCUUGUAAUCCCAACCCCAGGUGUGCGCAGGUAGAUAUCCUGCUAAAACUUCUUCUUCGUCAGGGAAGAUCUGCAUGUAACAAAUUUAUCAACAUGUUAUCAGCCAAUGGAUAUGGUUACAUUCUUCAUACUUUAAAAAAUACAACACAUUUCCUUUUACACACAGAUUGGUCGCAGUGGCAAAGAGAAAUAACAAUAGACCAUGUAAACAUGAAAGAAACUUUCCUGUGCAAAACCAUUGAAGCAGUUUCCACCGCUGAUUUCUUGUUACAGGAGCUAGAGGAUGACAAAUUCUCUACUUAUGACCAUGACGAGAUCCAAAAUGAGAACUCCAAAUCGAGGCGGGCUAGAGCACUUCUUAAGAAGGUUAUGAAGGAUGAUAUUGACGUUUUGAACUGUUUCCUUUGCGCUGUCGACUGCUUACGUCAUGUUUUACCCGGUGUGUCUGUCGUCGAAAAUCUAAAGAAAGCAGACCUCAGCAAGACAAAAGAUGUACGUGAAAAACAUGUUAGAGUGUUAUUCCAAGAUGAGCAUUUGCUGAAAGUGGUCGAUGUUAACAGUGAAGAUGACGAAGGAGACCAUGUGAUCAUUUUCAAAUUCAGAAAUCAACAUUUGCGGAAAAUACACGCAUUAGAAAAGACGUUUGUUCGCAGAAUCCAAAACAAGGAUUCAAAACUAGACGAACUGGCCAAUAGAUUCAUGCAUAUGAGCAUACAGGAUGGUCAUGCCGGGUCCAUAGUUCUAUACUUGAAAGCCCUGACAAGCACUGCAGCAGAGAAUCUGGACAAAAACAGUCUGAAGAUGUUUAUCCAGAAGAUACUAGAGGAUCCUCAAAUCUCGGAGAUCCUGCCAUUGGGAACUCUCCAGCUUCAAGUAGAAACAAUAACAAAUGGAUUCAUGGAAGGAGAGCAAUGGGAAGUAGACAGAAGUUCUCUGGUCGAGCUAUUAGCAGACAACAGAUCGCUGUUAGAAGACGAGUUAGAACCAUUCGAUUUUCUCUCACGCUUCCAACAAGAUGACAUAUUUUCAGAAAAAGAGGUAACUUGGAUUAAGGGGCUGGGUAGUAGGCGAAGCAGAGCAAGAGGGUUCCUCAGUUUAUUGCAAGUCAAGAGAAAACCUGCUUUGGAAGUCUUCGUGGACGAACUAAAAAUGUCAAAAGAAACUUUUCUAUUGGAGCAGCUUUUUCCUUCAACACCCAUAACUUUUCAGUGCAAAGAAUGCCAGCGCAGAACUAUUUUGAAGAAUUACGAGGAGGUUCGCGAUGAAAUAGAUGUGAGAAUCCUUGACUACACUGACCCGCCCUGUCACUCACAUCACACGAACUACAAAGACAGCAGGGGGCAGUACAGAACACCCCAGGCCCUCCUCAAACAUGUGCUGGAGUGUGACACGGCUCUAGACAGAUUCAGUAAGGUCACUAGAUCCAUAACAUCAUUCACCGGGCUUACAGAAUAUGACUGCAAGUGCCCAGGUGACAAGAACUUUACAACUUAUACCCAGAGGAAGCACAACGUCUACAAUUUUCGGAUUUCAACCGUCUUACUGAAGAAAGAGAAACCAACUGACAAGAAGACAUUAAACAACUCUCCAGAAAAAGACUCAUUACCAGUCCCUGCACUAAAAAGGGAGAAGUCCUCUUUAACAAACAAAACGGUCAACAAACCUUCCUUUACAUCUCUACAUCCAAAGAUAGUCACCUUCAAUGUAGACGAAAUAACAGUUCAUUCCUACUCAACACAAAAUGGAGGAAUUCAAAAUACCAAGAUUCAGAAGAAAACAAGCAAAAGUGCAUCAAAAAAGAUGGUGAAAAAAUAAUCAGGUGUUCAAUGCACUGACUGGAAAAUACAACAUGAUUGCUGUGAUCUCCAGUGAUGCUUCUCUAUUCUGACAUUUUACAAUUAAUCAUUGGCAAAUCCAUUACCAUAAUUUAUUAUACUUG